AGAGUCAAGGACAAACAACUAUCGGACACUCCAGGAGGCAGCCCGUGACUCUGGUCCAUGUGCGUUCCUCCUCUUGCCUCUAGGAGCAGGCUAGGCGGGGGAGGGGGGUUCAUCUAAGGCAGAGCAUGGAGAGAACCCAAAUCUGAGCGGGAGGCUGGAGUUUCUGGUACAAGAGGAGGCACCGGGACGGGCGGGAAUCCAGCGCCGGGCCGCAGCGGGCACCGCCUCUGUCAUCUCGCGCCGCGGGCCAUUGUACGGAUCUAGCACAGGCCAGAUUAGGUCCGCGGACGGCUCGGUCACGGGGAUGGGCUGUGCCAUGGCACAGGUCGUUAGUCCAGGGAGCGUGGAAAUCCAAAGCCGUCAACCCGUCGGCGUGGCCCCGUCAUUGCGGGGUUGCUCUUGGAUCUCGAGGGAACGAGGGCGGCGUUGAGGACGGCUUGCGGUGUGGUAGAAUGGAGGAGAGCGACCCGGAGUUCGUGCUAGAUCUGGUGGACAGAUUCCCACUUCGAGAAGAGUUCGCGGAUAACCUUGAGCACCCGGAUCCGGUGCCGCUGAGGCUGCUGCCCAGGGGGAGGCUGGCGCUCUUGGCCCGGAGGAUUCAAAUGGUGAAUCUGGUUAAUGGGGAGGCACCUCGAUGGACGAAAAGGGAGCUAUGUGCGGUUGUCUCCACUGCAUAUGAACCUGAGUCUGGUAUGUUUGGAUUGAAUGCAGAUGAGCUUUGAAACAAACACGUGACACGUCUGACAUUGGCGACAUGGGAGACUAUGCAUAUUACCCUGUCCGGCCGGGCGUUGGAAAAAACUUGUCUCAGAUACGUCUCGUUUCACAUGCAGCUUUAUAUGAUGCGGGAUUUUCUAUGACAAAAACUACGAAUAUGGUGUACAAAUGACCACAGAAGAUCACCAACGAGUCACUGCGCGCAUCACGGGCCCACGGCCUCACGGGCAUGGCUCCGCAUACUGUGUGAGCGGAAACGACCAAACCUGUGCAGAGUGUAGGCUCACGUCGAUUCAACCCGUCGCCUAGGCUCGUAACAGGCUCGUAACUGGAUUCCGUGACGGACAUCUCGAGGUACAACACAACGAUUCAAGCGCUAAGAUAACGCGACCCCGGUUCAGCUGUUCUAAAAUUCCGCAUCCGAGGAUGGUCGCUGGCCGGUCGCGGCGGGGCGCGAGGAGGAGAGAGCCAUGGAGGGCUUGCCGGAUCUGGGGAGGAGAGGGCCA